UCCUGCGACACAAGCUUCCGGUGUGGUGCACGUUCGUCGCUCGGAUUCAGUUCCAGUGCACAUUUUUUGUUUAACGCCGCUUUUCUCCUCGACUGGUCGCGAAAAGUCCGCACCGACCGUUUUUUACUGAAGGAGGAGGAAGCAACGAGCCGCCGAGAUGCCGAGAAUCAUGAUCAAAGGAGGCGUCUGGCGCAACACGGAGGAUGAGAUCCUCAAAGCGGCGGUGAUGAAAUAUGGGAAAAACCAAUGGUCUCGUAUUGCCUCCCUGCUUCACCGCAAGUCUGCCAAACAGUGUAAAGCCAGAUGGUACGAGUGGUUGGACCCCAGCAUCAAGAAAACAGAAUGGUCCAGAGAAGAGGAGGAGAAGCUGCUCCAUUUGGCCAAGCUGAUGCCCACUCAGUGGCGGACCAUUGCUCCCAUCAUAGGACGCACUGCUGCCCAGUGCCUGGAGCACUAUGAAUACCUGCUAGACAAGGCGGCACAAAGAGACAACGAGGAAGAAGUGGGAGAUGACCCCAGGAAGUUAAAACCAGGAGAGAUCGACCCCAAUCCUGAAACUAAACCAGCCAGACCCGACCCUGUGGACAUGGACGAAGAUGAGCUGGAGAUGCUGUCAGAGGCCAGGGCUCGACUGGCCAACACCCAGGGCAAGAAAGCCAAGAGGAAGGCCAGAGAGAAGCAGCUGGAGGAAGCCAGACGUUUGGCCGCUCUGCAGAAGCGCAGAGAGCUGAGAGCAGCCGGAAUUGAUGUUCAGAAGAAGAGGAAGAAGAAGAGAGGAGUCGACUACAAUGCCGAAAUCCCCUUCCAAAAGAAACCUGCGCCGGGUUUCUACGACACCAGCAUGGAGCAGUACAACGCUCUGGAGCCCAACUUCAAACGACUCAGGCAGCAGCACCUGGAAGGAGAGCUACGCAAUGAGCAAGAGGAGAGGGACAGAAAGAAAGACAAACAGAAGAUCAAGAAGAAGAAAGAGAGCGAUCUCCCGUCUGCCAUCCUGCAGACCAGCGGCGUGGCCGAGUUCACCAAGAAACGCUCCAAGCUGGUUUUACCGACGCCUCAGAUCAGCGACGUUGAGCUGGAGGAAGUCGUCAAACUGGGCGUCGCCAGCGAGGUCGCCCGGCAAGCUGCGGAGGAGAGCGAGAGCGGCAACUCGGCCUCGUCCGCCCUGCUGUCGGAGUACAGCGUCACCAACGCCAUGUCGGCGGGGCUGCGUACGCCGCGCACGCCCACGGUCCAGGACAGGAUACUGCAGGAAGCCCAGAACCUGAUGGCUCUGACCAACAUCGACACCCCUCUCAAGGGGGGCCUCAACACUCCGCUGCAAGAGAGCGACUUCAGCGGCGUGACGCCUCAGCGGCAGCAGGUGCAGACGCCCAACACCAUCAUCACCACGCCGUUCAGAACCCCCGGAGGAGGUCAGGGGCAGGAGGGCAUGACCCCUCAAGCCGGAGGAGCGAUGACCCCGCGUGGGCCGGUGACCCCGGGUUUGACCCCGCUCCGCACCCCUCUGAGAGACAAGCUGAACAUUAACAGCGAGGAGCAGCUGGCCGACCCGGCGUACACUAAACAUAUGCAAAGGGAGAGCCUGCAGCAGCUGAGGCAGGGCCUGUUGUCACUUCCUGUUCCCAAGAACGACUUUGAGAUCGUUCUUCCGGAAAACGCAGAGAAGGAACUCGAAGAAACGGAGGCGGAGACGGGAUUCAUAGAGGACUCUGCGGAUAUAGAAUUACGCAAGAAGGUCAUACGCGAUGCAGAGCGAGAGAAGGAGCUGAAGCUGCGACACACGGCUGUUCAGAGGAGCCUCCCCAGACCCACCGAGGUGAACGAGUCCGUCCUCCGCCCGUCCUCCAUGGAGCAGCUCUUGGACCUGCAGCUGGCCGAGGAGCUGAUCAAACAGGAGAUGAUCACCAUGCUGCACCACGACUGCCUGCACCACCCGUCCGCCAACGCGGUCAGUCAGCUGCAGCGCGGCAAAGCCAGAGGCCCCGCCUCCACGUCGAACAACGCCUCGCAUAUCGCGUACCUGGAAACGCAUUCCUACAAGCCCGUCAGCACGGAGGACAUGGAGCAGGCAAAGACGGUACUGGCAGCAGAAAUGGAGGUGGUGAAGGGAGGAAUGGGCCACGGUGAUCUCAGCAUGGAGGCCUACAGCCAGGUGUGGGAGGAAUGCUACGGACAGGUUUUAUAUCUGCCGGCUCAGAACAGGUACACCAGAGCCAACCUGGCAUCAAAGAAGGACCGCAUUGAAAGCCUGGAGAAAAAACUAGACGUGAACCGAGGCCACAUGACAGCGGAGGCCCGGCGAGCAGCUAAACUGGAGAAGAAACUGAAGAUCCUGCUGGGAGGGUUUCAGUCCAGAGCCCUGGGGCUCCUGAAGCAGCACAGUGAGCUCUGGGAACAGGUGGAGCAGUCGGCCACAGAGCUGGAGACCUUCAAACAGCUGAAGAAACAAGAGGACACUGCGAUUCCCAGGAGAAAAGAGGCCCUGCGGGAGGACGUGGAGCGGCAGAUGGAGCGUGAGCGCGAACUCCAGAAGGGAUACGGCGAUAUUGUGAUGGAGCGGGAGGGGCUGAUCAACAGCGCCCAGAAAUACUCACAGGCUUGAAUACUCGUUAUUGAUUAUCAAAAAAGCAAGCGGCUGCAUUUAGAAACAUCGACAAACUAAUUGUUCUCAUCGUAAUGAAAACGUCUGGCUUUUUCCGUUUAAAUAUUUGCGUCAAAUUCCAGAGCUAAGCCCCGCCUCCCCCCUCGUUGCUAUGUCAACAAGCUGAGUUCUGAGCAUGCUCAGUAGUACGUUGUAUUUCUGUAUUGGUGACCAAUAAAGUUUUGUUUUUUUUUCAAAAUGACAACACUGCAUCAAGUAUUUUAUUGUAAAAAAAAUAAAUGCACCUCUAGAUUUAAUAAAUCAUUCUGUGAUUCUCAG